GAGCAGCAGCACCCAGCUGGGAGGAGGCCUGGCUGCAUCUCGUGGGGCUGCUGGCCGCCAGUUCAACUCGAAAUGCCAUUUCCUGGGUGUGAGGAGGAGGAGCAGCAGCUUGGAUCUUGCAGUGCAAAGGGAACGCGUUGACCAUUCUGCGUUGCUUGUGACGAGCGACCCCCGUGCUGUUGUUCUGUGCCCUGCUGCUCUGCUUGCUCAGAGGGUGCCGUGCUCCAGGCUGGGGACAGGUGGGGACGGGGGGUGAGCUGCGGCCAAGGCCGUAAGGCAGCUGUGUGCCGGGAAUGGGAUGUACCGACCUGUGCUGUGUCAUGGCAACAGCUGCGGGGCUGCGGGGGCUGAGCCGCGCUCCUGCGGAGGUGAUGAGAUGGAGGGCCCGAGCAGCACGGCGCCUGCCUAUCUCCCUUGCACCCCAGCAAAGCCAGAGCAGCUCAGCAGUGGGGUGAGCACCCCGCUUUGCUUCGGGGUUUUGCCAUCUCUCCCUUUGCUCUUCCUACCCGCUGCAGAACUGGGCUGAGAGCUCUGGCUUCAGGAAUGGGGCGGGUUGGGGGUUUGGGGGUGGGUGCUCCUACGGCUGCGGGGGUGUUCCUUGAGCAGGAUGGGGGUCUGCAGGGCCAUCACUGCACCAUUCCUCCUCCACGCCGCACAGAAGCAGCAGAUCCAAAGCGUGACCCCAUUUCCCAUCACAGCCACGCUGGGAGUGCAGAAAGGAAGCCAAUCUGCUGCCCUGUGCGGGGUAACGGUGCUUAAGCAACGGCGCGAUUUCAUCAUCUGCACUUCCCCUUUUUUGCGUUGGCUUUUGGUAUCCCCAAACAAUUCCAGCUUGGAGAGGGCUGAUGGCACCCAGACCACGCAGUGCUCACAGCUGGGUGCGUGCAGAGGGAGAUCCCCCAGGGCAGGCAGAGCACACACGGCUCCCAGGGGCUGCCCUGACAGCAGCCGUGCCAUAGGGCAGCAGUGGGGCUGCCGCUCCCCACGCGCCCCCGCUCUGCUCACCCCACGCAGGGACGCUGCUGCAGUGGCCGCAGAGCAGAUCUGCGCUCGGAUGGUCGGUCUGCUGCUGGCUGUGCUGAGGUUCCCUGCUGUUCCUCCACGGGGAGAAGACGGAUGCAGGCACUGCCAUCCCGGCAACGCAUCCUCACUGCUCUCCUCUCCUCAUCUCCUCUCGCAGCCAUCCCGCAGAGCCUUUCGUGCACCAAGAAGCACGUUAGCGCUGCCUGGCCUUGCAGUUUGUUUCCGACCUCCUGCCCGGGGCACUCGGCUUCGGCACGGAUCCCACGGGAGCAUCCACGCGCCCCAGGGAAGGUCAGCACGGAGGGCUGCAACGAGGAGACCUUUGGUGCUGCAGCAUCGAUUUGGGGAGGUUUUCCUCUGCAAAUCAACGUUUGGGGACGUGGAGCCACGCGGCGAGCUGGAGAGCAAAGCAAUGCCAACGCAGCACCCAUCAAAUGGAGCCUGGGGAGGAAGGGGGGGUGGGGUGGGGGGGUCAAGAGAAGCAUCGGCACGCUGUGGGUUCGGCUCUGUGUGUGUGUGUUUGUUUCAGAGGUUAAUAAACUAGAAUAAUUUAUUUGACAGGACACAGAAACGUCACAGAGAUGGUGGAGGAACCGAAGAAGCGGGGGUGUCAAUGACCAGUACAAAGAAACCACUUUACAAAAGAGAAGUACCACACCGCCCACCGGCCUGACCCCAAAAUGGGGGAGGGGGGCAGCUCAGACCCCCCCCCCCCCUCCACCUCCUCCCCUCCUCACCCCCUUAGGUUGGGGCAUAGGGCUGUCCCCGGGCUCUGCUCUCAGGGCGGCACAAUAAAUAGUGGCAGUGGCCCCAGUGAGGGGCUGGGGGGGGGACGCGUUGUGGCACGGGGCUGUCCCUGCAAUAGGGGGGCUGGGGGGGGGGGGAUCCUGAUCCGGGAGGGGGGGUAUGGGGUGAAACGUGGGGUAGGGUCCCCAAUGCUGGCACCUGGGGGGGUUCCAGUGGCGUGGAAACAGAUGCAGAGCAAUGAUAAACCCCAGGGAGGGGGUGGGGGGGGGUCCCGCAAAGAGGGCUUGGGGUGGGAGCUCUGGGAGCUGCAGUUGGAGCUUUGGGGUUUGGAAUCCAGCUGUAGAGGUCUCCUCUGACCCCUCUAGGGCUGUGAUUUGGGGUGGGAGGUUUGGGAUUUGGGGUGGGAGGUUUGGGAUUGGGGUGGGAGCUCUGGGAGCUGCAGUUGGAGCUUUGGGGUUUGGAAUCCAGCUGUAGAGGUCUCCUCUGACCCCUCUAGGGCUGUGAUUUGGGGUGGGAGGUUUGGGAUUGGGGUGGGAGCUCUGGGAGCUGCAGUUGGAGCUUUGGGGUUUGGAAUCCAGUUGCAGAGGUUCCCUCUGACCCCUCUAGGGCUGUGAUUUGGGGUGGGAGGUUUGGGAUUGGGGUGGGAGGUUUGGGAUUGGGGUGGGAGCUCUGGGAGCUGGAGUUGGUGCUUUGGGGUUUGGAAUCCAGCUGUAGAGUUCUCUGACCCCUCUAGGGCUGUGAUUUGGGGUGGGAGGGUGGGGUGGGAGGUUUGGGAUUUGGGGUGGGAGGUUUGGGAUUGGAGUGGGAGCUCUGGGAUUUGGGGGUGGGAGGUUUGGGGCAGGAGAUUUGGAAUUUGGGGUAGAAGGUUUGGCAUUGGGGUGAGAGGUUUGGAAUCUGAGGGUAGGAGGUUUGGGAUUUGGGGGUAAGAGGUUAGGGACGGGAGCUUUGGGAUUUGGGGUAGGAGGUCUUGGGUGGGAUAUUUGGGAUUUGAGAGUGGGAUAUUUGGGAUUUGGGGUGCGAGGUUUGGCAUUUGGGGGUAGGAGGUUGGGAUUUGGGUGGGAAGUUUUGGGUUUGGGGGUAGGAGGUGUGGGGCAGAUGUGGGAUUGGGGGUGAGGGGUUUGGGAUUUGGGGGUGCGAGGUUUCGGAUGGGAGCUUUGGGAUUUUGGGGUGGGAGGUUUGGGAUUUUUGGUGGGAGGUUUGGGAUUUGGGGGUGUAAGGUUUCGGAUGGGAGCUUUGGGAUUUUGGGGUGGCAUGUUUGGGAUCUGGGGGUGGGAGCACUGACGUUUGGGGUAGGAGGUUUGGGAUCUGGGGUCUGGCCGGGAUUAGGGUUAGGAUCCCAGCCCCAGGCAGCAUCUGUGGGUCUGAGGUUCGUGCAUCCCAAGGUGAGGGGGGGACGCAUGCAGUGGGGCAGUGAGCAGGAAAGGAGGGAUGGAUGGGGCCCUUUCCCACGAGCAGGCUGCCUAAAAAAAUCCCCCCCCCAGUUCUGCUGCACCCCCCGCCCCCUCCCCAGCAUCCAGAGUGGACUAUACAAAAUGCAUAAAAGAGCGGCUCCCAGGAAAGGGCCCGGAGCUUUAGGAAGGGGAAAGGGACAGAAGGGUGAAGGCUGAGGGGGGUGGGCUGAGCCUUGGGUCCGCACCCCCCCUACCACACCACCCCCCCCCC